CUGAAAAUAACCUUAUCAACGUGCGAAGAAACCUCGCCCUACCAGUUGUUAAUGCUAAUCCCAUGUGUCGGUCCAAGCUAUUCUUAAUGACCUUUCUUCAUCAUCCCGCUUAUCACCUUCAGUGGUAGAGGCCGGUUCAAGCAUCAAUUCAGGUGACCCCUUUGCCAAAACAUUGCAGUUUGAAUUGGUUCUGCUGGUCUUGACGCGGAAUUAGGGUAUAAAUACGGUAUCAGUUCGCUCCUGGCUAAGAGAAGUGCUGCAACGCACAAACCGGUGUGCAAAGAUGGACAAACGAGCGAGUUUUAUUUUGGGUGCAGUUUUGCUGUUUGGCUGUCUGUACGAAACUCAUGGUCUCCGAUUGGCGGAACAGAAAUGUCAAGAAUAUCGCAAGACCAUAGCGUCCUUUCCGUCCAAAGUGAUCGGUAGAACGAACGUAUUCGAUACACCUCCGAAUGGAUUACCGGCCCGGGAGGGUGAAUUCCCUCACCAGGUGCGCGUCGGACAAUGGUUCUACGAGGACGAAGACGAUACGGCAUUCAUUCUGCGCUGCAGUGGUGCACUUAUUAGCGAUCGUUACGUGCUCAUAGCUGCCCAUUGCCUAUGGACGCUGGGCGACGAGGAGGUUUCACUCGGCCGACAUGACUACACCCGCAACGGCACCUUUCCAGAGCUGUCCAUCAAACGAGACGACCUGAUUCUUCAUCCCAGCUAUGACGAGCAGACGAAGGCAUCGUACAACGAUAUCGCGCUGGUGCGUCUUGCCCAGCCCGUCACCUUUACCUCUCACAUCUAUCCGGCCUGUCUCUGGACGGAGGAGGAAGCGGCCGAGCCGACAAAGCUAACAUCGUCCGGCUUUACGAUGGGCAAAUUGGUCAAUGACACACAGGAUACACGGCUGGUGAAGAUACAGGUGAGCCGCGUCCCAAAUGCAGAAUGCUCGCGUGAGUACACGGACAGUGGCUACUACCCACAAGGCGUUACCGAUGCGCUGCUGUGUGCCGAGUCUCCGGUAGAGUGGAAGUCUUUGUGCGAAGGGGAUGCCGGUGGGCUGCUACAAACGCUUGACCGUGACUCUGCGGACGUGUAUCGGCUUAUCGGGGUCGAGGCCAAGGGUCACGAGUGUGAUCAGUCGCACCAGAAGUUUAUCUUCACCAAGGUCCGCCAGCAGCUGGAUUGGAUUGAGAGUGUCGUUUGGGGUGCGUGAGUAGUAUUGCUGGGGUUGCAAUGGAUUAGGGAAAUAAAAUAACCAUCUUCGGAGUUCCGCAGAAAUGGACCAAUAACGCACGACUUUUGUACAAAUCUUAUCAAUUUAUUCAUUUAUACUCUGUUCUUGUCCACGGCUUUCAGUGCGCACCGGCAUUGUUUGUCCACAAGCAAUGGCUAUCGGACGGACAAGCCCUGGCUACACAACCUGUCGCUGUCACUGCACCUGUCUUGUCUUACAAUGAUCUCUCUCCUUCGUGUUCAGUUUAAAUCACAAGAAUUCUAGUACACUUACGCUAUUCGUUCGUAUUCUGUUACUUGCUUAAUGCCUUAAUCUUAAUACCAUCGCUCGCGCUACUCUUCUCGUUUCUUGAAAGGUGGUUGUGCUGGAAAGCAAGGGGAUAGGGUUGAAUGAAUUUUUUUUAGGGAAUGAUUUCGCAACAUGUUGAACGACUUCGCAUGUCAGCCCACUUCUCCAAUGGCGUCAGGAAAAGUAGGGAAAAGGUUGAAAUGGGAAAUUCGGUGUGAAACGAAUCAAGUGUAAGCGACGUUUUAAUUAGUGCCCGCAAGCGCUGGCAGCAACGAGUCCAAUUGCAACUCCUGCAACACCGUCCUGAAACGGACCAUGCCAGCAAACCGGUUGGCAACUGGUAAAGUUAAUCAAAAACUCAUUUUAAAAUGUUUGCCAAAGUGUACCGUAUGCCUUC